GUUGUUUAACGGAUAAAAAAGAACGUAAAUUGCAUUUGAUUUAAUUUUUGGAGAAAAUUUAGGUUAUUAAAAUAAAAAUAGAAGAAAAAAUUUCUGUAUUUUAAAGCGGCUUUCUAAGAAUUAUUAUUUAAUUGAGUACAAAAUCAAAAAAAUUUAUAAGAAAUUUAAGAAAUUAUCUGGAAUAAUUUUCAAUUAUAAAUAAAAAACAAAUACAAUAUUGGUACAAAGCUUCUUUUAGGAAUAUAAAAGCGGAAUACAUAUAUACAUACGCACCAGCAUAUUUAAUUCGAAAUUAAUAAGAAGAGGUAAAGGAAAUAUUGAAAAAAGCACCCCAACAUGUGCAACAUAAAGAAAGCCUCAACUGCCUUAAAUAAAUUAUUUGUAUGUGGUGCACUUAAAUAUGGUCAACCAAAUCAUUCAAUAUUAGCUAAUACAGCUAAUGGUUAUGCAAAAUUUUGGUGUAAAGCAACAACAACCGAAAAACUACCUCUUGUUAUUGCAACACGUUAUAAUAUACCAUUUUUAUUAAAUAAACCAGGUAUUGGUAAUUAUGUUACCGGUGAAAUAUAUGAAGUUGAUAAUAAAAUGUUAGAUGUAUUGGAUAAUUUAGAAGAUUGCCAAGAUAUUUAUACAAGAGAAAUACAAAAUAUGAAUAUUGGAGUUGGUGAAGGAACCGUUCCAUGUUGGGUUUAUUUACUACAAAAAUAUCCGGAAAAUUUAUUAAAUCUUCAAUAUUUAUCAUCAUAUAAGAACAGUGCCGAAUAUCCAUAUGUUAUCAGAAAUAAAAGAACGCAUAAGCAUCCAGUUAAUGAAGAUUUGGCUUAUUCAGUAUCAUAGAAUCUCAACUUCAUAAUUGAAUUUCUAAAAUGAAAAUAUUCAACAAAUCAAAAAAAUCGAACUGAUAAUAUUAUUAUUAUAUAUAUGUAGAAUACAAAAAUCCAAAAAUCCAAAAGCAGUAAUUCAUAAUCAUAUAUGUAUAAACAACUCAAAUUAAAAAUUGAGCUCAGCUUAAGUACUGAAAAAAUUUAUUAUAUAACUUUAUAAAUAAUAACAUUAUAUAAUUAAUUUCAAAGCAUUACAGAGAAUUGAAUAA